AUGAAUAAAUUCAGUCACCGUAUCGGAUUAAGUAAAUGGUCUAGGAAAAAUUCCCCACUUUUUGGCGGCAUUCUUGAGACUCACGUCAAGCAACUCAAGAUGAAUAAAUUUGUGUCGCAGCUUUUCCCGGGUUGGUCUGCUCAUCACAAUUACGGCUUCUCUCCUUUGGGUAAAAUCUGGAUUGUUUGGCACCCUUCUCUACUUGUCUCCAUAAUCUCGGAGUCUUGCCAGAUGAUCACGGCCGAAAUCACUUGGCCCUCCGUCCAGACCAAGAUUUACAUCUCUACGGUUUAUGCGUCUAACGACGCUGAAGAUCGUCUCACUCUUUGGUCUGAAAUCACCUCCAUGGCCUCUUCGUACGGGCUGGAUAACAAACCUUGGUUGGUUAUUGGUGACUUUAAUCAAAUUAGAGUCCCUUCUGAGCACUCCCUUCCUCCCACUCUGAACAUGGACAAGAGGAUGAGGGAUUUCAAUGACUGCCUUAUGGAAGCAAACCUUGAGGAUCUGAAUUUCAGAGGCCCGACAUUUACUUGGUGGAACAAGCGCAAGCUCGCUCCUGUAGCUAAAAAACUUGACAGAGGACUAGUAAAUGAGGACUGGCUCAUUGUGUUUCCGUCUUCAGUCCUUUUCUUCGGUAAUCCAAAUUUCUCUGACCACGCAGUUAUGGCUAUCACCCUGGAGCCUGAGAGGACUAGGAUCAAAAAGCCAUUCAGAUUUUAUAAUUUUAUGCUGCAAAACCCUGACUUCUUGGCUGUUGUUUGUGAGAACUGGUUUUCCUUCAACGUCGUCGGAUCGGCAAUGUACAGGGUCUCUUCAAAACUCAAGCUACUGAAGAAGGUUCUCAGAGACUUUAGCUUCCAGAACUAUUCCGGUAUUGAGAAGAAGACUGCCAUUGCUCAUGGAAAACUGCUGCAGGCCUAG